UAAGCUGUGAAGAGGGCGUUUAGCACAUACACAUGUGAUGUCAACGGUGCCAAGAUGGCGCGAAAUGAAUGGUUUUUGUUGUGAAGCGUAGGACCGUACAAAUCGUACAAGUCAAUUGCUGUUUAACACAGCUUACGAAGCAAAGGCGUGGCCAGUCGUAAACCGUACUAAUCAGUGAAUCUGGGUCACGUGUUUCCUCAGCUGAUGAUGUGCCACAUAUAGCCCGUAGGAAGUGAACGAAGUGAAUAUACGCGUAUGGUGUGCGUUGCCCUUAUAUUGCACGGAAUGCACGUAUCACUCAAAGGCGCUAAUGUUGUUUAGAUGGUGCAGUUUGCAAGGAUAUUAAGUAAUGUUUUCUUCUGAUGUGAAGCCAAGGUUUUUGAAACCAGGUGAGAGAAGCACAUGGGAGGAGGAUAAAUCAGACAUUGAUCCAAAUUCUGCCACAGCUUUUGUGUAUAAUCCUCAUGUGUCACUGUCUUUGGAGCAGCAGCGUGAAAGACUUCCUGUGUUCAGGAAUAGAAAUCAUAUCCUGUAUUUGCUGGAAAAGUUCCAGACACUAGUGCUUGUUGGAGAAACUGGGUGUGGCAAGAGCACACAGGUGCCUCAGUAUUUGCUGGAAGCUGGAUGGGGUGGUGAUGGGAAAGUUAUAGGCAUAACAGAGUCGAGACGUGUAGCAGCUACUACUUUGGCUACAAGGGUUGCAGAGGAAAAAGGAUCUUUGUUGGGUCAGGUUGUUGGCUACAGCAUUCGCUUUGAUGAUCGCUUUGAUCGAGAGCACACCAGGAUAAAGUACAUGACUGAGGGAAUUUUACUGAGAGAGAUGAUGGCAGAUCCACUUCUUAGGAGUUAUUGUGUUAUUAUGCUGGAUGAAGUACACGAGAGAACACUCUAUACUGAUAUUGUGAUGGGAUUGCUCAAGAAAAUAUUAAGAAAACAGAAGAAUCUGAAGCUUAUAGUUGCAUCAGCAACUGUGGAUGCUGAACAAUUAUACAGCUUCUUUAAUCAUAAUUCAAGUAAAGAUCUAACAAAGGAUACUGCUGUUAUAAUGAGUGUGGAAGGGAGAUUGUAUCCAGUGGAUAUACAUUAUGUGAAAGAACCUGUACCAGAUUAUGUGAAAGCUGUAGUGGAUACAGUUACAUUAAUCCAUGAACAUGAGCCAUCGGGAGAUGUACUGGCUUUUCUUACUGGACAAGAGGAAGUGGAUAGAGCUGUUAGUCUACUAAAGGAACAAGUAGUUAAUAACAAGGACAAUUUGAACCUUCUUGUUCUUCCAAUGUAUGGUUCUCUGCCAAAUUCAGAACAGUUGAAAGUUUUCCGCUCCACACCUCGAGGUCUACGUAAGGUAGUUGUGGCUACAAAUAUUGCAGAAACAUCAGUAACAAUCCCUGGAAUUGUGUAUGUGAUUGAUUGUGGGUUUGUGAAGCUGCGGUGGUUCAAUCCUGAAACUCAUACUGAUUCUCUGGUGGUAGUACCAGUGUCUCAAGCAUCUGCAGAUCAAAGAGCAGGUCGAGCAGGGAGGAUACGUUCAGGAAAAGCAUACAGGUUAUAUUCUGAAGCAGACUUCAAUUCCCUGAGUGCAGCAACACCUCCAGAAAUGCAACGUACUGAGCUUUCCAUGGCUGUGUUGCAUUUAAAGGCUCUAGGCAUUGACAAUGUUUUGAGGUUCAAUUUUCCAUCACCACCUCCAGCCAGGAACCUGCACUCAGCUCUAGGGCUGCUGUUUGCACUGGGGGCUAUUGAUUCUGAAGGUCAACUUACCAAACCAUUAGGAAUUAGAAUGGCGGAGUUUCCAAUGAAUCCUUUAUAUUCAAAGGCGCUUAUGAUAUCUGGUGAAUUCGGUUGCUCAGAAGAAAUCCUAUCCAUUAUAGCUAUGCUGCAGGUCCAAAAUGUGUUCACGAAACCAAGCAGUGGCCAGAAUUCUAUAAAGGCACGAAUUGCAAAACGAAGAUUUGAGGUGAAAGAAGGUGAUCUUCUGACACUGCUUAAUGUGUACAUUUCUUAUGUGAAACAUGGCAUGUCACAGGACUGGUGCAAGAAGUAUUUCUUGAAUUACAAGGGAUUACGCAGGGCUCUGGAGAUACGAACACAAAUGUCACAGCUCUUAAAAGAAUUUAAUGUUCCCAUCAUUUCAUGUCAAGGUGAUGUAGAGAAGGUGUGUCAGUGCAUCACUGCAGGCCUGUUUCCAAAUGCAGCCUACCUUCAUUACUCAGGUGUGUACAGAACUGUGAGGGGUGACCAGGAACUACACAUUCACCCCACAUCUGUAUUGUACACAUUAGAACAACCAAAGUGGCUGUUGUUCUGUGAGAUCUUGCAUACUAACCAAAUGUACAUGAAGGAGUUGACAGUGGUGAAGCCAUCCUGGUUGGAAGAACUAGCACCACACUUCUAUGAAAAAACCAUUGAUAGGGACUAUUCCCUGUGAAGUAGAAAGUUAUACUGUUAGGUCUGAAGCCUGUUCAACAGUUAGUACUCUGCUGAACUUU